AUGUUCGAAGAGAUGGAGAACACUUGGGACAAUGUGAUUAAAAAUGUAACAAACAUCUCGAAUCCGAUGGAGAACAACGAGACUCAGGAUUUUUACGAUAUUUUCGAUGAUAGUUCCGAUCGUAAACAAGUGGAGGAGAUCGUCGUGGUGGUGGUACCGAUCUUUUUUGGUAUGAUUGGUAUCCUUGGACUGGUUGGCAAUUCUUUGGUUGUUAUUGUUGUCGCGGCGAAUCCAAAUAUGAGAUCGACGACAAACAUCCUAAUCAUCAACCUGGCGGUGGCAGAUCUGUUGUUCGUGAUUUUUUGUAUUCCAUUCACCGCGACCGACUUCGUGCUACCUUUUUGGCCCUUCGGCAAUUUUUGGUGCAAGAUGGUGCAGUACCUCAUCAUUGUCACUGCCUAUGCCAGCGUCUACACAUUGGUCCUCAUGAGCCUCGAUAGAUAUCUGGCGGUAGUUCAUCCAAUUCGUUCGAUGUCAUGGCGGACUGAAAAUCACGCGAUCGUUGCAAUUUGCAUCGCCUGGACGAUCAUCUUUGCAGUUUCCCUCCCUGCUUUCUUCGUUCACGGCGAGGACGUGGACGACUCGUUGUCGGAGAACCUGACAGCUUGUCGAAUCCUACAACAAUAUAAUUGGCCGCUAUUCCAGAUAUCGUUCUUCCUCUUCAGCUACGUCCUGCCACUGAUGCUGAUAUGCUUCUUUUACAUUUGCAUGCUCAUCAGACUGUGGCGCGGAGAUCGCGUCAGUGCCGAAAGUCGACGUGGAAGAAGACGAGCGACGAGGCUGGUACUCGUCGUCGUUGGCGUUUUCGCCUUUUGUUGGUGUCCUAUACAGGUGAUCCUGGUGACGAAAUCACUGGAAGUGUAUCCAUUGACGUCGGCGACGAUAAUGCUGCAAAUAGCGAGCCACAUUUUGGCGUACACGAACAGCUGCGUCAAUCCUAUUCUCUACGCCUUCCUCAGUGACAGUUUUCGGAAAGCCUUCCGGAAAAUCAUUUACUGCAAACCUCGGAGAGGUCAAGAUCAGAACAGACAACUGGGACCACUGACGAAAACUACGAGAGCUGCCAGUACUGGUGACAUCCUUUAG